AUGCAACCUGCCAGGAGUAAAGCAGAGCUCCAGCAACAUAAAUCCAAACUUGCCAAUUCAUACAGCGAACUCCUCGAACAAUUUUCCUCCAAGGAUCUCAAGGCGGUGGGAAAUUACACGCUAGGCAAACUCAUUGGAAAGGGCUCAUUCGGCAAGGUCUAUCUUGCCAGGCAUAAUCUGACAAAUGGCGCAAAGGUGGUUCUCAAGGCUUCUAACAAGGACGAUCCCAACCUCGCGCGCGAAAUUCACCAUCACCGACAAUUCGUCCACCCCCAUAUUGCCCGUUUAUAUGAAGUUAUAAUAACCGAGUCUCUGGUCUGGCUAGUUUUGGAAUAUUGUCCUGGGGAUGAGUUGUACAAUUAUUUAUGCAAGAAUGGAGCCCUACCUGUCGACACAGUACAGAAGAUUUUCACACAACUUGUUGGAGCGGUCGCAUAUAUUCACUCAAAGUCUUGUGUCCAUCGUGAUCUCAAGCUAGAGAAUGUCUUACUUGACAAGAACGAAAACGUCAAAUUAUGCGACUUUGGCUUCACCAGAGAAUAUGAGGGAAAGGCAAAUUAUCUGCAGACAUUCUGCGGUACGGUAUGUUACAGCGCACCAGAAAUGCUCCGAGGUGAGAAGUAUGCCGGCGAAAAGGUUGAUGUCUGGAGCCUCGGAAUCAUCCUCUAUGCGCUUUUGAAGGGCGAACUACCGUUCGACGAAGAUGAUGAUGUGGCAACCAAAGCGAAGAUAUUGAAGGACGAGCCUCUCUGUCCAGACACCUUCCCAGAAGCAGCAAAGACUUUGAUCUUGAAACUCCUGUCUAAGCGGCCGCUUUAUCGCCCUACCCUCUCCGAAAUUCUGGCCGACCCUUUUCUGUCCGAACACGCCCCACAACAACAGGCGGUCUUGAAACUUUCUCAACCUGCAGCCUUCACCACACAGCUAGAGAAAGAAACCCUUGAGCGAAUGAAAUCCGCCGGUGUGGAUAUCGACAAGGUCAUCGAAAACGUUCUCUCUCAGUGUUGUGAUGCUCUCGCAGGAUGGUGGACAUUAUUGUUGGAGAAAGAAACACGAAAACAUGCCCGAAAGGAACGAAAGCGGAAAGAAAGGGAAGCCGAGAUGAAGCUACUCCGACGUCUGAGUGGUGCUAGUAGCCGACUCGAAAGGAUAGCACCCACAUUAGAGGAGGUUGACGAGGAGGGUUCGCCGGGGUUCGUACCACCACGACGGAGCGGAAGCGGAAGUCGUGGCCGAACACAGAGAAGGAGUACUCCUCAGAUACUGGUUAGCGAUCUUCCACAACUUCCAGAAGGCGAUGUCGUUCAAUCCCCGACCACCGAAAUUCCUCCACAGCCUAUUGACAAAGACUCUUUACGCUCAAAUAGUGGAUCACGACCCGCUCUACCUCCCAAAGAACGAAACCGCCGCAGCAGUACACUACAGAUAGUGGCAACCAACCCUGAUCUCUUAGGCUCGCUCAAUGGUGUGAACAAGAGGAGGGGUGGGAAACUUCGUAAUCGACAAUUCCUUAGCCAACUCACUGCAAUCAAGCAUUGGUUCGUCGAGUCCACGAAGCGUGCCCGAUCUCCUGGUGGCGCCAAGUUGGAAAAGUCCCCGAAUGGAUCUUCAAGCCUUUUACAUGUAAAUCAAACAUUUCGCCGACCAGGGAGCAAUACCAGAGGACUCAGUGACAUUACAAACCGGUCUUCUAUAGGUUCGGCACUUACACCGGUAACAUCGAAUUCGAACCAUUUAGCGUCCAUGACCACACCGGGAGGAGGUCCUCGAAUUGACACUGCGCGUUCCAGGCAGCGUAACUCGCUUUCACCCUCACCUGUCACCCCCCGUUCAUCAUAUCGGCGCAGCUCAACAGGCCUCCGUGGUCGAAAAUCUACAUCAUCUUCGGUCUCUUCAGUCCGAAGCAUUCCCCGACACGCGUCACAUAGUAAAGCGUCUUCUCAAAGCUCUAACAGCAUAGACACCAUAAACAGUCCCAGGACGAGGAGCACUGCGCACUCUCCACAUUCUUCAAUCAAAGUUCUUCCCGCGACACCAACUGCAAAUCUGUUUUCUUCCAACGCUCGAUCAGCGAGGACUCAACGUGCGGAUGGAACACCUCAACCACGACCUCUCUCAGGAACAUACGAUGACGGCUCUCGCCUCUCUACAACGCCCCAGGCUGGUCAAUUUGGAUCUGGUGUCAUGUUCGCCCGAAGGAAAAAGUCACCCUUCAAGGGCCCCAUGCUGAAUCCCGCGUUCUUCACCGCCUCAACCAUCCCUGCUGCAUUCGGCAGUCCAGCGAUAGUCAAUAGCAGAGUCCGGGAAAGCUCGGACGGGCAUCUGAAUCUCGGCUUAAAAGGCUUCAUGAACGGCCAUAGACGACAAAAUAGUGGGAAACGGAAAAGUCAAAUCAUUGAAGAGGAGGAAGAGGAUGAAUUUGGGAGUAGCCGACCUCGCAUCGGUGAAGACGACGAGCAAGAAGAUGAGAUUGAAGAAGUUGACGCAUUCGCCGCCGUCCAGCUGGGGAGAGGCGAGCGGGUACAGAGUAUUACGAUUUUGAACGAUUCGGCCGAUGAAGAUGACGCGACUGUGACGGGAAGUCCCAGGGAGAAGAAAAAGAACAACUCGGCAUGA